UUACUUACUUUGGAAAAUGGCUUACAAGAUUUAGUCGGAAAAGCUUCGUGUUUGAGAAGGCAGAGAUCACAUGGUUUGUCUCCAAACCUCAUAUCCAACGGCCACAAAUCAAACCCACCAAAAAUCAAGAAACACUACGAUGAUCUUGCCUAAUAUCCCAACUCUUUCCUCUAUCUUUGCCGGCCUUUAAUUAGUGUUAAUGUGUUGUUGGUUGAAUUAUAGUAAUAGUGCACCCCCACCCUCAUCUUCAUGUGACCGACCACGAACAUGAUCGACCCCCCUUUGCUCUUUCCAUGUCGUCUUUAUGUGUCUAUGUAUAUAUAACCAGUAUCCACUUGUAAUUAAAAACAUGUAACUCAUCUUCCUCUUCUUUCUCUGAAAACCCUAAAAAGAACAUAGACAUGGGAUCUCAAGGACUAGGGCUAGAGAUUACUGAACUUAGGCUAGGUCUACCAGGUGGUGGCAGCGGCGGUGAAAAGAAGAGGACAUUUUCGGGUAGCAUUCAUGGUGGUGGUGGUGGCGGCGAUGGUGGUUGUGGGAAGAAUAGGAAUAUGGAUGAGGUGGUUGGGUGGCCACCGGUGUGUGUGUUUAGGAAGAAAAGCAUUCGUGAAGUGACAAAGUUGUACGUGAAAGUAAGCAUGGAUGGUGCACCGAUUCUUCGAAAGAUUGAUUUGAGUUGUUUCAAGUGCUAUUCGGAUCUAGGAAUGGCUCUUGAGAAGCUCUUCGAUUGUUAUGGCAUUGGUGAAGCAAUGAAGGAAGAAAGCGAGAGUUGUGAAUACGUAGCAAUAUAUGAAGACAAAGAUAGAGACUGGAUGCUUGUGGGAGACGUCCCUUGGUCAAUGUUUACGGAAACAUGCAAGAGACUCAGGAUUAAGAAGCGUUCAAAUGCGACUGGAAUUGGACCAGUUGCAAAUGUAUGAUCGAAAAGUAAUCAAGCAUUAGAUGGAAUUAAUUAUGUUUAUUAAUCGUGUUUUAAUCGCGCAUAACCGUUUUGUUAAAACAUUAAUUUAACGUAUUUAAUGGUGUUUAUUGUGGUUUAA